AUGUUUGUGUGCAGAAUGAAGGAGAAUGGAAGGAAGUUAUGUUUUGUCCGCGCGUCUAACAUGUCCGUAGUGAAACAAGCGUUAACGAUCGCAAAACCACUUCCGGAAAAAGGGGAAGAGGUAUAUAUUGUUGUGAAAAGUGGUAUAGUUCUCCAUAUGGCACAGACAGAGAGGAGAGAUGCUCCUGAACUGCCUGAUUUCUCUCUGCUGAAGAGAAUUGCCAGAGAUCAGCUCAUCUUCCUGCUGGAACAGCUACCAGGGAGAAAAGAUUUAUUCAUUGAUGCAGAUUUGAUGAGCCCUCUGGAUCGAAUAGCAAAUGUCACAAUCCUCAAGCAACAUGAAGUUGACAAACUUUACAAAGUUGAGCUUAAGCCGAUUGUCAGCAUUUCAGAUCAGCUGUGUUUCCUAAUACGUCCUCGAAUACAAACUGUGAAGUGGAUUUCAGAUUUAGUUAAUUCAGACAAGGCAGCUGGAAGAUUCAGAAAAUAUAAGAUCAUAUUUACACCACAAAAGUUUUAUGCAUGUGAGACCGUUUUGGAGGAGCAGGGCGUCUAUGGAUACAUCACAACUGAUGAGUGGAAUUUCUACAUUCUUCCUCUGGAUGACGACAUCUUGAGUUUAGAGCUGCCUGAAUUCUUCAGAGAUAACUUUCUGGAGGGAGAUCAGCGCUGGGUGUCUACUGGAGGAGGUGCCCUACAUCUUUUACAGUCUGUCUAUGGGUCCUUUUCAAAGGUUUAUGGAAUUGGUAGAUGUGCCAAGAUGGUGUAUGAAACCUGGAGAGAGCAAAUGGAGGAUGGUGACCUGAGAACAAAGCAACCAGAAUUUGCUAAAGUCUUUCUUAUUGAUAGAGAUGUGGAUUUUAUCACUCCUCUCUGUUCGCAAGUUGUUUAUGAGGGCCUGGUAGAUGACAUUUUUAGAAUUAAAUGUGGUAGUGUGGAGUUUGGUCCUGAUGUAACGUCUUCUGACAAGAGUAUCAAAGUGAUGCUUAACUCUCAAGAUAAAGUAUUCAAUGAAAUAAGGAAUGAGCAUUUCUCCAACGUGUUUGGCUUUCUUAGUCAAAAGGCCAAAAAUCUUCAAACAGCUUAUGAUAAACGGAGGGGGAUGGACAUCCAGCAGAUGAAGGCAUUUGUUGCAGAUGAACUGAAAGGACUGAAGCAGGAACACCGUCUGCUUAGUCUUCAUAUUGGUGCCUGUGAAUCCAUGAUGAAGAAGAAAACAAAGCAAGAUUUCCAGGAAUUGCUAAAGACUGAACAUUCAUUACUUGAAGGUUUUGAGAUCCGUGAAUGUAUCACCUGCAUUGAAGAGCAUAUCAAUCGGCAGGUAUCAAUGAUUGAAAGCCUCAGACUCCUUUGCUUGUUAUCUCUAACAGAAAAUGGACUUCUGUCCAAGGACUAUCGAUCUCUUAAAGCUCAGUACCUUCAGAGUUAUGGUAUAGAUCACCUGUUGACGUUUGCCAAUCUGAGGCAGCUGGGCGUGCUGGUGGAACAGCAGCCUGGAGAAACACUGACAGUCAUGGAGAGUAAAGUUGGGAAACUUGUCAAUGACAAGACUGUGGGAAAGCUGACAGAUGCCUUUUCCUCAUUGGCUAAGAAAAGCAAUUUUCGAGCUCUAAGUAAAAGACUUGCUUUGGUACCAAAGUCCGGGGACGAGUAUGAUCUUCGUGUUCCACGAGACAUGGCGUAUAUCUUCAGUGGUGCUUACAUUCCUCUGAGCUGCAAAUUGAUUGAACAGGUUUUGGAGAGAGAUGGUUGGACAGGACUGGAGGAGGUCACUCGCAUGCUGAAUGGACAUGAAUUUGCUGUAACAGCUGGUGGAAAUAGUUCAGAAGCAAGGACCAAAACGGAUGCUCAAAGAAUCAUUCUUGUGAUGUUCCUUGGAGGCUGCACCUACUCUGAGAUCUCUGCACUCCGUUUUCUUGGCAAGGAACGGGGUUGCAGAUUUAUAGUGCUCACUACAGCCAUCACGAGCAGCGCCCGACUGCUGGAAGCAUUACUGGAUAAUCAUGCUUGAGGCACAAACAACAUUCCAUGUUACGACAAAACCCCAGGACAGAGGACUGGAUAUGUCCUAAUUAUUCUGGACAUCUUUAUCAACCAAGAACAAAUAAUGGUAUUAUGGUGUGCUGGGUUUUAAAUUUCUGUGAGGUGUUGUCAGAAUUCAUGAAUUCAGAAGUGGCAGUUGUGGGAUACAAAAUUGCACUUUAUAAAAUGUUUUAUGUCCUUUGUUCAAAAUGAAGCAUGCAUUGUAAUAACUGAUUCAAGGCUGAAGAAUAAACAGUUAUU